UCGACAGUUAGUCGAACUCGAGUAGGCAAUAAACCAAGACAAUGUUUAAGAUCGUUUGUGCAGUAGUGCUCCUGGUGGCCUUGGCCUCCGCCGAGCUCCAUCGCGUUCCGAUCCUCAAGGAGGAGAACUUCGUGAAGACCCGGCAGAAUGUCCUGGCCGAGAAGGCCUACCUGCGCACCAAGUACCAGCUGCCCUCCCUUCGCAGCACCAACGAGGAGGAGCUGUCCAACUCGCUGAACAUGGCCUACUACGGAGCGAUUUCCAUCGGAACUCCCGCCCAGAGCUUCAAGGUGCUGUUCGAUUCGGGCUCCUCCAACCUGUGGGUGCCCUCGAACACCUGCCAGAGCACCGCCUGCACAACCCACAACCAGUACGACUCCAGUGCCAGCUCCACCUACGUGGCCAACGGCGAGAGCUUCUCCAUCCAGUACGGAACUGGCAGUCUCACCGGCUACCUCUCCACCGACACCGUUGACGUCAAUGGAUUGAAAAUCACGGGUCAGACCUUCGCCGAGUCCACCAGCGAACCAGGAACCAAUUUCAACAAUGCCAACUUCGAUGGUAUCUUGGGCAUGGCCUACGAGGCUCUGGCCGUCGACGGAGUGGCUCCUCCGUUCUACAACAUGGUUUCCCAGGGUCUGGUCGACAGCUCCGUCUUCUCGUUCUACCUGGCCCGCGCUGGAACCUCCAGCCAGGGUGGAGAGCUGAUCUUCGGUGGAUCCGAUUCGUCGCUCUACUCCGGAUCCUUGACCUACGUGCCCAUCUCGGAGCAGGGCUACUGGCAGUUUGCUGUGGCCGGAGCCUCCGUCGAUGGUUAUACCCUGUGUGAGGGCUGCCAGGCGAUCGCCGAUACCGGCACUUCCCUGAUCGUGGCUCCCUACGAUGCGUACUACACUCUGUCGGAGAUUCUGAACGUGGAUGAGGAUGGUUAUGUGGACUGCUCUUCGGUGAGCUCCUUGCCUGUGGUCACCUUCAACAUCGGUGGCACUGACUUCACCCUUGAGCCCUCGGCUUACAUCAUCCAGUCCGAUGGCAACUGCAUGUCUGGCUUCGAGUACAUGGGCACCGACUUCUGGAUUCUGGGCGAUAUCUUCAUUGGCCAGUACUACACCGAGUUCGAUUUGGGCAACAACCGCAUUGGCUUCGCCCCAGUUGCCUAAGUUAAUAUGAAUACAUUAAUAAAACAAUAUAUAAUAAUUAA